AUGCAUAUCUCCAGGUCGCAGAGGAAGCACCGCUCGCGAUACCCAUCGUACCUGCGAUAUCCGAUGAUUGACCAUUUGUUUUAUGCUGCUCAUCUUCUAGUUUGUCCCAACUGUAGCAAUGCCUUGACGAUUUCCCGCGCCGAUGGCACGACGCAAUACCCGAUGGGUGUCAACCGCUUCGAAUGCCGCACUUGCCCGUACGAAGACAUCAUCGGAGACCGGUCAUACUACGAGAAGACGGAGAUGAAGCAGAAGGAAGUGGAAGACGUCUUGGGCGGGGCCAACGAGUUUGCCAAUGCCGAUAGUAAUUGCAACGGCGAUCGUGCAUACUUCUUCCAGCUGCAGAUUCGCAGUGCGGACGAGCCGAUGACCACAUUUUUAAAGUGUACUAGCUGUGGUGCUCGGUGGAGAGAGAACUGA